UGGAAACUAGCGGUGGCGAUCUCCACUGUGCCCCGGCGGGCCGUGCCACAAAUCCAAAAAUCCCCGCCCGCGCCGGGGGCCGUCUCCCAACCUCGCACGCCAACGCCACGCGGUCCGACUCUGCCUCUCCGCCUCCGCCUCCGCCUCCGGUGGCGAGUCGAGUGCCCGACUCUGCCGCUCCGAUUUGCUCCACCCCACCCCUCUCUGUCCACUAUAUAGCCCUCGCUUCCAGCACCCAGAUUCUCAAACCCCGACCAACACCAGCACCCGACCAACACCGGCCAGCCAUCGCCAUUCACCAAUCGCCACUCCACUGCUACUUCACCAAAACUUCUAGCAGCCGUAGGGCCCGUCGGAAAACGCGUCAUGGCGCACAAGCGGUCGCUCGACGCCGCCGUGCCGGAGCAGGAGGCGGCGCAGUCCCCGAGGAAGCGGCUGCAGCGGGCGGUCUUUCUUGUCAUGUCGCUGGAGAGGAGGAGGGCGAGGACGCUCACGGUCGAGCAGAUGUCGCACAUGGUUCGCCAGGUGCAGCUCGAUAUGGCCAAACUGUUUGUACUUGUGAUGAUGCUCGUCGCGCGGCUUGGCUCGAUGGAGAGCCUGCUCCUCCAGCUCCCCAACAUGGUACAGGGAUUAUUGGCGGAGCAGCUUGGUUCUUUUCACAGAUCUGUUAUGGUAUCCAUGGAAGAAAUGAUCCUGUCAGUUCGCCGGACAGAGCAACCUCAAGCAGCUGCGCUUCCCAAUGGUGUUUCUGAGCCUUCAAGUUCAAGGGCGAUAUCGGAAUGUCUUCCUGAAACUGGAGGCAGCUCUGGUGUAGUCAGGCUACGGUUUGUUGAUGCUGACAGACCAAAAUAUUCAGUUUUCACUCGUUGUCCAGUAAAAUGGCAGAAUGGAGAAAACCCUAAGGUAGCAAUAUUUCGAAAUGAGAAGAAAAUCACGGGUGGUGAUCUUUCUAAAUUGCAAAUUGAGAUUUUACCAGUCUAUGCUGAUUUUUUUACUGAGCGAGGACACGACGAUUUUACUGAAGAGGAAUUCAACAAGCAGAUACAUAGGUAUAAUGGGAAUGAGUCUGUCUUGAAAACUGUUAAUCUCAGAAAUGGUGAGGCCGAUCUUGGUUCCAUCAUCUUUAAAGAGAGCUCCUACAGGCAAAAUGUAAGAUUGGCAGCAAGAGUGAAAAGAAAGGAUCCUGCCCACAGAGUUCAAGAAGCAAUCACUGAUCCUUUUGUCGUCAAAGACCGUCGAAGUGAAUCCAAUGAAAAGAGUUAUCUUCCAUCUAAGGAAGAUGCGAUACAUCGACUGAAGAAAAUUUCCCAAAAGGGACCACGUUGUGUUGCCCUUGCGAAAAAAAAGGUCACUAAGGUGAAGCACUUGCUGCGUGAGUAUUUCAAAGACAAAUCUGGUCUCCAAGAGCUUACUGGCAUGAAGAGGGAGGAUUGGCAUUCCAUGAUUAAACAUGCCACCAUGUGUAAACCUGGGGAUGAGAUCUAUUCUUAUAGGGUUGCACCGGAAAAUUGUGAACUCUUAUUCAAUGACUUCUAUGAUCUUGUUGGUAUGAUGAGAAAUGGAUCAUAUGUUCCUGCCAGUGACCUUCAGUUUCAGCAGCUGAACAACUGGAAAAUGUCUGCGUACAAAAGACUUGAGGAGAGAGAGAACUCAGGGAAUCUUAUCCCUGAUUACUUGAUGGCGAAUGGCCGCCCUGUCCGUGCAAUGCCUCUGAAUAAUGAAGAAGGUCCUUCUGUACAAGCUAGAAUGACUGGGCAAUAUCCUAAUUACAUAGGUGCACAACAAGAAUUUGGUGUUCAACAGCAGAAUGGGUUCUCACCGGCCGAACUCCUGUCAAACAAUGAUGCUGGUCCUUCAAAGCAAAACGCACCACUCUUUUCACAUCACACUGCGCAUCAAGACCUUGGCCAGCAUGGUCCUUCUAUGCCACACUGUCAUCUGCCCCAGGGAAAUAAUUUGAAUGGUCUCUCAGGACAGCCAACUAUUCCUUCCUACAAUGUUCUGCCGGUUCCAGAGGAGUUGAUCACAGGUACAAAUCUAAUUGGCCAACAGAAUGGACACUUAAACUCUUUGACGACUGUUGCUUCCGAACUUGGUAAGCACCAUCCUUCUAUGCCACAGAAUGAAACUCCUUACUACCCACCCCAGGAAAAUAACUUAAAUGGUCAAGGAUCAUUCUCAGGAGAGCCAACUAUUCCGUCCCACAUUUUUCCACCAGUUCCAAAGGAUUACUUGAUCACAGCUUCAGGUCUAAUUGAGCAACAUAAUGGACACUUAAGCUCCUCAAUGACUGAUGCUCCUGGUACAUCUUGUCCUGCUAUAGAUGGACUUAGUCAGGCAACCUCUUCAUUUAACCAUGCGGACGAUGACAUCUCGAUGGAGUUAUCUACACCUGAAUUGCAGGCAAUUCUACAACAAGUGAAUCUGCCAGACCAGGGCUUUCUACAAGAUGAAGACGCUGAACUGCCGAAUUUCAGCAUCCAGGUUGAUGGUUAUGAACAUGAUGGCGGCAACCUGUGAUUAAACUUGACAUGACUGCAACCGGCAUUCCUCUACCAGACUGAACUAUUAUAGUGUGACAAAACCAUAGUGUUGUAAAUAUCAAAUGUUGUACCCCAGCCAUGUAAAGCUUGUAUGUCUACUGGCUAUACUAGACAUUUGGCUUGCAUUCUUGUUAAUGAACUCAGAAACAUAAAGAAAUUUGUCUUAUUGAACACCGUUAGGAAAUAUUUGUGCUGCUGAACUUUGUGUAAUCCUAUCAAAGUAUCAAUCAAGCUUCCUAGUUAUGUUGACA